CACGAUGCCUCUCAUUGUGAUGAGCGUGUUCUGGGGCUUCGUCGGCUUCUUUGUGCCUUGGUUCAUCCCCAAAGGUCCUAACCGGGGUUGGCUGAUUGCAAUUCUGGCCCAACUCAACCCUCUCUUUGGACCACAGUUGAAAAAUGAAACCAUCUGGUAUCUGAAGUAUCACUGGCCUUGAGGAAGAAGACAUGCUCCACAGUGCUCAGUCUUUGAGGUUACGAAAAGAGAAUUCCUUCUAGAAGCAAAAUUACCUCCAAACCCAGACCAUCUUCCUUGACUUGCCUCUUUUGGGCAUCAACUGCCUUAAUACACCACAUCUGAAUAUCUUAUUCUACAAUGCAGUAUUUUUUUCCUUCACUUUUUUA